GGCACAUCAGGAAGUAAAACACAUGACUGUACAGGGAAAACUAGGAGGAGUAGGGAGAAAGUUAACAUGCUGCAUAGACAAUCUUUGUUUAAUGUAAACAAUGUCCGCGGGGUUCUCUCGGUUUCCAGCGUUUCUAAAUGACAGAAACCGGGUUUUUACUCGAGCAUGUUUUACAGAAAGCUCCCCAGCAGAGCAUUCAUCAGCAGGUCGAUUCAGCUCCGUGUCCAGCUUCAUAAACGACUCGUAAAGAUGUCAGUGAUGAAGCCUUCAGAGGAGAGGAGCUCGGAGGGAGGGAGAAGCAGCAGCUGCAACCUGCAGACCAGUGAAGACAGGAGCGCUGCAGCUGCACAGAGGCUGACAGAGCAGGAGGUGACCAUCCACAGACUCCACAGGGAGGCGUGUGAGGCAACGGAGCAGAUGUAUGUGGACCCUUUCAGUGGGUAUAAGGUGUUCACAGAGUAUGCCCACCUUCAGAGAGGGAAAUGCUGCGGCAGCGCCUGCAGACACUGUCCAUAUGGCCAAGUCAAUGUGAAGGACCCUGCAAUGAAGAAACGCUUCAACUCCCUGUUUUACGUAUAGAGCUGUAACUAGGCAGAGGUGGUCAUUGGACAAGAGACAGUGUCCAGCCUGGACAGGUCACCAGUGCAUCACAGAGCAACACAGUCACAAAGCUGGAGUACCCAGAGAGACUCGCUGCGUGCAGGGAGAACAUGCAAACUCCAUGUGGAGAGGCCUGUGCCAGGUUUCGAACCAGGAACUCCUUCCUGUAGGGAAACAACGCUAACAGCUCAUCCAGACCUGACAUGAAUAUACUGGAAGAAAUAUUAUUGUAUUAGAAUCUCACAUUGAUGUCUGCUGUAAAUUGUUAAUUUAGAGGAUUCAUGUUUGCUGCAGUUGCGGAUAAUGACUCUCACUGUGGUUAACUGGAGUCCCAAAAAUUUAGAAAUGUCUUUGUUACCCUUUGCAAUAUGUUAGUCAGUGACUCUGUUUCUGUGUUUCUCUUGAGAUCCUUUAGUGUACUUUAUGCUGUCAGAUAUAUUUUGUUUAAGUAAUUCCUUUAUUCUCCUGCAUAGAAAGUAAAAUUGAACCUAAAAAUGUGAUAAAUCCCAGUUAAUUCAUGAUUUACAAAUUUGGCCAUUUAUAAUUUCAUAGAGGACAAGGUAGGCUUGGAUUUCCCCCCCCCCCUUAACUAUAUUUUGUUUUUAUUCAAGCUAUAUAUAAUAUUAAAUUUGCUUCAUGUAGUGUGAUGAAAACACAAUAAAUUUGUAAGGAACAAAUUAUUUCCCCAGCAAUGUAGCUACAGACUCAUUCAAUAAAUUAGAAUAUUAUUGAAAAGUUCAUUUUUUUCAGUACCUAAAUGAAACAAGUUAUGUAGACUUUUUCAAGCCUUCAUUUGUGUUAAUUAUGUUUAUUUUUUUCCAUUAUUAUAUUACAUCAGAUCAAUAAAAACAUGUUACUGCAGAAAUGUGGACUUGAUGGAAAGUAUGUUUGAUGCCUAA